UCGCACACUCUUCUCCUCUUUCUGUCUGUAUCAACAUCAACUGUUAUUGUCGUCGCAUUCAUCUGUAAUAAUAUCGUCGCAUCUCAGCCUGUGUAUCGACUAUCGUCACGCUGCGUACGGCGCUGCACCACACCUUGCAUUCACUACUACACCGACCACGUGAUCCACCUUGCGUUUUUGCCAAACCAGAUCCAGGCCGAUUCCCCUUCAAUCACAGCCAGCAAUCAUUUCCUCAAUCGCUUCGACUUCCAGACUGCCCAGCGACACGGAAUGAUAACGGCUCAAUCUACGUCCACGUCCCAACUCACUUCUGAGCGAAAGGCUUGCGCCGGGUCCGAGGACUUUUAACCCUUCAUUUUCUGAACCAUGGCCCAGGCUGACACCUCCACCGCCUCUGAGCCUGCGAAUGCCAGCGCAGCUACUGCGACCCCGAAGAAGGCUACUUCAGCGCCCGAGAAGAAGUACAAAUGCCAGUAUUGCAACCGGGCCUUCAGCAGAAGUGAACACCGCAGUCGACACGAACGAUCGCACACGAAGGAGCGUCCCUUCAAAUGCCAGAAAUGUCGUAGCACCUUCGUCCGUCGCGAUCUGCUAUUACGCCACGAUCGAACCGUCCAUGCAAAGGAUGGCGGUGUGCCCCUUCAAUCUGAAGGACGAAAGAGAACAGGAACAGGCGCAGGGACGAAGUCGACGCCCUCAACGGCCGCUCCGUCCAAGCCUUCGAUAAGUCUUGAUCCGGGGACUUUGGAGCAAAUUGAGGCUAGCAGCGAUGGUAUGCUCGACCUUGAAACUGCCGCCAUGUUGAUGACAGACUUCCAACACAAGGCGGCGGCAGCAGCAGCAGCAGUAAACGGUCACAUUCAGAACGGAGAAAGCACAAUCCCCGAUUACUCUCCAGAUCGAAGCUCACUUCUCGAAUCGUCCGACUACCUCGCCGGUCCUAACGGCCUUCCGCAAAUGCCCUGGGACACCUUUAUGCCCCACGGCCCGUCGGAACCCAAAGCGCAUUCAAUGUCGAGCAUUUCGUCGCAAGAUAACCUGUCGCAGCCUCCUUUCGUCCAUAUGGGAUCGAUACAGCCACAUCAGUCUCAACUACCACCCAUCAUGGAACGUCAAACCUCCUUGGGUAGUUCGCUGCCCCCGACAUUCCACUCUUUGCCCGACACUUUCCCAGUCUCAGGGACGCCGACCCCCAACGCACUCUCUCCCUUCCCCUCUAUGACAGGGCCUGUAUCACCAGUGAACUAUCGCAAGUCUCCUGGUCCAGCCCAACCCCUUUCUUUACCCAAAGCUCCGCAGUUGAACAAUGAUGACGAGAGAGCUAUCAUUGCUAACCAGCUAGGUGGAGACAUCACACUACCUUCCCUGCCCACAAUGAACCUAUACUUAACUACCUACUUCAAUCUCUUUCAUCACCACAUGCCCUUUCUACAUCCUGUCACCUUUCGUCCUGAGAAUUGUCAACCGGCUCUUCUACUUGCCAUCCUCUCCAUCGGCGCUCUCUACAAUUUCGAACAAGAACAAGCCUAUCUCCUUCAUCAUGGCUCCAAGAAACUCGUGAAUCAAUUCCUUCAGAACAAGGACAACUUUGAUUCUCGAAAGUGCCCUCUCUGGACCAUGCAGAGCACUUUGCUGAAUAUGGUUUUCGAGAGCUGGAGCGGUGGCUCGCAAGGCCUUGAAUGGGCUUGUUCUAUUAAGAGCUUGCUUGCCAAUAUGGUUGCCGGCAACAAAUACGAGCUGAAGUUGCGUAUUGAUGGUCGCGCUGGAGCACCACCGACACAUGAUCAGUGGGUCAAUGAAGAGGGCUGUCGACGGACUUAUUAUGCCGUCUAUAUCUUCUUCGGCAUGCUGACUCUGACAUACAACCACACUCCGGCAAUCAGCUUCAACGAGUUCGACACAUUGCCACUACCAUCUUCCGAGUCAUUAUGGAAUAUUGAGCCCUCGGACGAGGAUUCCUGGCAGGAUAUCUUCGCAGCGUCGCCCACGAUUACUGUUCGAGAAGCAUAUGACAGUCUCUUCCAAGGAGAUGCUGCUAGAUACAGUGCUUUUGCCACUCGAGUGAUGAUCAACGCAUUGUUCUUGGAAGUGUGGAAUCUAAGAAGAAGUUUCGAAUCGCUACAGGACGUGGUUCUGGAAUGGAAGAUUCGCAUUGCCUUAGAAACAUGGGAACGGUCAUUGGAUCUGUGCGAGCCCGAAAUCAUUGUUGUUCCUCUCAGCACACCACACAAGAGCCACCCUCUGAUCUUCAAUUCGAUGGCUGUGUACCGCAACACCCGUGCCUUCCUUGAAGUGGAUCUCAAAGAUGUCCAGGAAGCCCUGCGGUACCACAACUCAUAUGAGAUUGCCGGCGCGAUGUCAUCGGCGCGUGACAAUGUCAAGAGAACGAAAGAGAUGAUCAAGGUUGUCGAGCAAUGCUACGAGUGCAUGGAAAUCGUUGCCAUGCAGGGUAUCAAUUGGGUCACCAAAACAUCGUCGACCAAUUGGAGUAUUGAGCAUCCUCUUUGUGGACUGGAUCUCAUCACUAUUCUAAGCCUGUGGCUAUAUCGUAUUGAGCAUGACGAUCAGGAAGCCACCGAAGAAGAGCUCGCCAUGUACAUGAGAGUACGCGGACUGUUCGAUGAUGACGCCGUGGACGCAAAUGGAUCACGUUUAAGCUCAACUGUAGCGCGCGUCUGGGGCUCGAUGUUGGACGGCGUGGUUGUUUGGGGUAUCUCAAAAACCAUGGGCGAGUCAUUCAAAUUGCAUUCCCAAGCUUUGAUUGGAUAUGUCGACGAGCUUUCAAUAGACCAUGUUACGGGAAUGCAGGUCGACCAGAAUCUUAUGGACAUUGCGACGACAUAUUAAACACCAUCUUACGAUAUCCUCUCUCACAUCGGUUUUCCUAUUUUACUGCAUGGCGAAAUUGUGGGCCUUCGGCAUCGAAAACGGCGCACGCGCGGUAUAUUCGAUAUAUUUUCUUUCUCGACUCUAUCAUUUAAUUCCAGAUGUCUUGUCUUGGGCACACGACCAAGCCCAGAAAUCACUUCGCACCUCUAAUCGAGGCAGACACAUACGCGACACAAGCAACAGUAUACCUCCCCCUCCUCACAACACACAUAAACUUACCUAAUCUUCUCGAUUUGAUACCUUGUGCGCUUACAGAUACAAGACUUUUGGUUUUCUCCUUAUAACGACUUUCCUUUAUUUGAGCGAGAAAGAAUGGACCAAGUGGUCCAAGACAGCCAGCGGGAAUUUCUGGCUAAUGAACUUUCUACCUUUCCUAUUGAAAUUGCGACGGCCGUUGUUUUGAUUACUCUCCUCUGUAUACUAUCAAAUGUGGAAUUCUUCGGCGAGGCAAUAAGAAAUUGAUUUACAGAUGCAUUCAAUAUAGCGACAUCAAUUGCACAGAGAUAGCAAUAACUUGGCUUAAUGUUCAAUUAUAUUUUUAU